AUGAUUAGUGACCCUUCUGAGUUGAACGAGACGUUGACCGCGGAUCUCCUCGACGAGGUCCGCGAAUUCUGGUUUGAAUACUUCGAGGAUGAGGAUGCGUUAAUCCUCCCUGGCCAACGUGAAUUGGAUCGCUGGUUCAUCCGCGAUGACGAUUUUGACAAGAUCUGUGUUGCGCAAUUCCAGCAUGCCCUAGAGACUAUCAUCGAGUCCGGCGCAUCUGCAGCAGAUAUUCUUAAUGCAAUCGACACAUCCUCACCCUUGGAGUGGAUUAGCAUUAUCAUCCUGCUAGACCAGGUUCCUCGAAACUGCUAUCGUGGAGACGAAUCGAAGGUGGUGUUUGAGCAAUUUGACCCACUCGCGGAAGAGAUUACUUUGCGUGCGAUUGAUGCCGGUAUACCGACUCGAUCGUCGGAGGUACGAUACCGCCUAUCGUAUCGACUCUGGUUCCAUUUGCCACUGAUGAAUUCGGAGAAAAUUGCCGCACAUGAGAAAGCUGUUACGCUGCAUGAGGAGACUGCGAAAGAUAUGGGGCAAUUUCUUCUCAAGAAUGUCUCCACUCUAACUGAAGACGAGAAGAAGUGCUACGCCAGUCUCUCACUAAAGUACGAUGCACUCAGUGCAUUUCUGACCACCACAUUCGAUUUUGAGAAGAGAUACAGGGUGAUUCUUGACCGGUUUGGGCGGUAUCCAAACCGUAACAAGGCCCUAGGUAGGGUGUCGACUGCAGAGGAGGCUGCGUAUCUGGACAAUGGUGGGGAUGCCUUUGAUUGA